GGCCAUCAAGAUGGACGUCAAUUUUUUGUCGUCUGCAAUGUGCGAUAUUUAACUUACUAAUAAAUUUUGCUCUUUUGAAUGAGAGAAAGUUACAAAUGUGUUUUUUUUUUAAUUCACCCAAAACUCGAAAUUGACUAUUGAUUAUGUUAUAUAAUCGAGUUUAUUUUAAUAAACAGUGUCUUUCAGUGUCUUUCUUAUUUAAUAUCAUGAUUCAUUUGCUUACACGAUUAUAAGCUAAGAAACUGAAUUUAAUUAUUUGCAACCAAAAAAAAAAUUGUAUAGAAUUAAAAAAAAAAGAACAAAAAAUGGUCGUGGGAGUUUUUCCAGCCCUUAAAUUGGGUGUUCUUUUUAUAAAACAAAUAAGCAAGCCUAUUGCAAAAUUACUCGUUCAACAAGCAAAAAAUCAUCCGGUUUUUAGAACAUAUUUUAUUAUUCCUCCAGCACAAUUUUAUCAUUGGGCGGAAGUGAAGGCAAAAAUGUAUGUAAUGAAUUUGGGAAAACCAACAAAAGUCGCAAAAUUAAAUGAAGCAAUGGCAAUUGAAUUGGGUGCAAAUUUAGUUGGUGAAAUGUUUAUAUUUAGCGUUGCCGGUGGUUGUUUAAUACUUGAAUAUAAUCGUCAAGUUGCAAAAGAAACAAAAAAAGAAGAAAUACGUCAACAACAAUUACAAAAAUUCACCGACGACAUACAAUCAUUGUAUGAAACAUCAAAACAACAAGAGGCCGAAAUUAAUUAUUUAAACAAAACAAUUGUCGAUAUGGCAAAAAAGACAAAAAUACAAUUACCCGAGAAACCAAUAACAAAAAAAAUUGACAAAUUAACAAAUUCAACAGAAAUUGAAAAUGAAAUUUUGGAGAAUAAUGAAAAAUUAUCACUUGUUCAACAAGCAAUUGCCUUUCUUAAAAAAGAUGAGACAAAAAAUGACAAACUUAGUUAAUAAUAUUAAAAAAUUUUAAUUCGCAAAUUUUGGAGGAUUAAAAAAAAAGUUACUUCGUGAUAAACUGGAAGUUUUUGCAUGAUUGGAAAAUGCCGGCGAUUGACUUCGACUUUGUUGUCGAAAAUUUGGAUAACUUUGCGAUGAACGUGGCGGAGUUGUGCAACGUUUUCUAAAUGAUGGACUUGCAUUUCUU